CCGAGGGGAGGGACGACGCUACUGUGGUCUGUCGGGCCACAGUAGCGGCCCUGCGGCUCCACCAAGCCUAGGCGAGAGGGCAGCAGCGAUGGCCACGACCGGGACGCUGGCAGGUCUGGCCGCGGGUUUGCAGGGCCCACGGGUCGGUCCCAGCCCAGACUCGGACUCAGACACAGACUCGGAGGACCCGAGUACCCGCCGCAGCGCCGGCGGGCUGCAUCGCUCACAGGUCAUCCACAGCGGUCACUUCAUGGUGUCGUCGCCGCACAGCGACAGGCUGACCCGGCGGCGGGACCAGAAGGGGCCCGCGGGGUUCUCCGACUUCGGGCCGCGCAGCAUCGACCCCACACUUACUCGCCUCUUCGAGUGCAUGAGCCUGGCCUACAGUGGUAAGCUGGUGUCUCCCAAGUGGAAGAAUUUCAAAGGUCUCAAGCUGCUCUGCCGAGACAAGAUCCGCCUCAACAAUGCCAUCUGGAGGGCCUGGUAUAUCCAGUAUGUGGAGAAGAGGAAGAGCCCUGUGUGUGGCUUCGUGACCCCCCUGCAGGGGCCUGAGGCUGAUGAGCACCGGAAACCGGAGGCUGUAGUCCUGGAAGGAAAUUACUGGAAGCGGCGCAUCGAGGUGGUGAUGCGCGAGUACCACAAGUGGCGCAUCUACUACAAGAAACGGCUCCGUAAGUCCAGCAAGGAAGGGGAUCUCCUGGCCCCAAAGCAGACGGAGGGGGAGUGGCAGCCACCGGAGCGAUGGUGUGAGCAGCUCUUCUCCAGCGUGGUGCCCGUGCUGCUGGGGGGACCGGCGGAGGAGCCUGGCGGGCGGCAGCUGCUGGAUCUCGGUUCCUUUUUGUCCGACAUCUCCGACACGCUCUUCACCAUGACCCAGCCCAGCUCCACGCCCCUGCAGCUGCCGCCCGAGGACGCUUACGUUGGCAAUGCUGACAUGAUCCAGCCGGAACUGACACCUCUGCAGCCCAGCCUGGAUGACUUCAUGGAGAUCUCAGAUUUCUUCACCAGCUACCGCCCCCCACAGACAGCCACGCCUUCAAACUUCCUGGAGCCCCCCAGCUUCAGUCCCACGGCUGACUCCCUUUUCAACAGUGGGAUCCUGGGCUCAGAGGUGCUCCCUGCCUCCUCGGGCGUGACCCACCUCUCAGAGCAUCACCACCUGCAGGCUUGGAGCAGCUGCCCUGGCUCCCUGGACUCCAGUGCCUUCCUGAGCUCUGAUUUCCUCCUUUCUGAAGACCCCAAGCCUAAGUUCCCACCCCAUCCCCCACCCCCACCCCUCCUCCAGUACCCUGCCCCUGCUAAAGGGCCUGGCCUUGAGCCCUGUGCCCUCCCCCUCUUCCCUUCCAUGGCUCUGCCCCCUGCUGUGCUGCAAGAAGAAACUCUCUUCCCUCCCAGAUCCUCCUUCCCUACUGUUCCCCCUGUAUCAGGAGUGCCCCCACUGCCUGCUCCCACGACAUUCCCUUCCACCCGACAGUCUGGCCCAGGCCUUGCCCCCGCCGCCUUCCCCAUGGACCUUCUAUCCCCCGAGUAUCCAGAGUCCCCAUUUGGGCCUCACUUCACAGUGCCCCAAGAUGUGCAACCCAGAGGCAAGCCGCCCACCCCACCUCCUAGGGGGCGGAAGCCCAGCCCUCCUACCUUGGCCCCUGGCACUGCUGGGGGCAACAGCUCCUGCCUCACACAGCUGCUCACAGCAGCCAAGCCUGAGCAAGCCCUGAAGCCACCUCUUGUAUCCGGCGCCCUCCUGCGGCUCCCAGAAUCCCCGCAGGAGACGGUCCCUGAAUUCCCCUGCACCUUCUUUCCCCUGACUCCGGCCCCCACACCACCCCGGCCACCUCUGGGCCAAGCCACACUGGCCCCUCCCAGGCCCCUGGUUGUCCCCAAAGUAGAGCGGCUGUCACCCCCAGCACCCAUCGGUAGCGAGCGGCGAGUGUCUGGGGAGCUCGACCCCACCCUGGGCCCAGGGACUCCGAGAGUCCAAGUCUCUACUUCUCAAUCCGUCCUGAGCAGGGGUCGUCCAGAAAACAAGACUGAGAACCGGCGCAUCACACACAUCUCUGCGGAACAGAAGCGGCGCUUCAAUAUCAAGUUGGGGUUUGACACCCUGCAUGGGCUGGUGAGCACGCUCAGCACCCAGCCCAGCCUCAAGGUCAGCAAAGCCACGACCCUGCAGAAGACAGCUGAGUACAUCACCAUGCUGCAGCAGGAGCGGGCAGCCUUGCAGGAGGAGGCCCAGCAGCUACGGGACCAGAUUGAGGAGCUCAAUGCUGCCAUUAACCUGUGCCAGCAGCAGCUGCCGGCUACUGGGGUGCCCAUCACACACCAGCGUUUUGACCAGAUGCGAGACAUGUUUGAUGAUUAUGUCCGGACCCGGACACUGCAAAACUGGAAGUUCUGGGUAUUCAGCAUCCUCAUCCGGCCUCUGUUUGAAUCCUUCAAUGGAAUGGUGUCCACGGCAAGUUUGCAAAGCCUUCGUCAGACCUCGUUGGCCUGGCUGGAUCAACACUGCUCCCUGCCUGCUCUCCGGCCAACUGUCCUGAACUCCCUCCGCCAGCUGAGCACAUCUACCAGCAUCCUGACGGACCCAGGCUGUAUAGCUGAGCAAGCCACGCGGGCGGUUACAGAGGGCACCCCUGGCAAACCGCUAUAGUGCUGACCAGACCCCGCCUUCACUCAGCUGCCUUGGGACUAUGUUCCUUGUGCAUAGGUUCUCCCUCCUGCCCCAGGCCCUGGCUGUCCUGUUUCCUGAGAGUGAAGCAGGACCCUAGCCUCUGCCCUUCCUCCUGGAAGCUGGGAAGAACUGAGUUCCAGUCUCUGCUCUGCCAGUAACUCACACUGUGACCUAGGGUACUCAUGGUCCCUCUUUGCACCUCCAUUUUCCAGUAUGCAAAAAUGGGGUGGGGAAGCUUCAGCCAGAAGAUGAUCCUAAGACCUCAGCAGCUGUGACACUUGGGGGUCUAAACUGGCAACUCAGGGAGCUUGAAGGAGGGAACAGGACAAUCCUGUUUCCCUGUCACUCCUGCCUAUUCCCCAACAGGGAGGGCGCAGGACUCUGUUUCUGAACAGAGUAACAAGAGAGGAGGUUCCACCUCUCUGUUCCUUCACUGGUAACCUGGGGGGCUGCAGGCCUGGGUAGAGGAAGCCAAGUUAUGAUCCCAGGAGGACACACAGCAGGGGGGUGGCCAAACCAAAGCAGGCAUCUUGUAUGUGUGUAUGGAUGCAUGUGUGCGGGUUUUGUAAAGAAUUCUUGACCAAUAAAAAUUAAAACUGUC